AUGAAGGUUGCAAGGAAAGUAAUCUUGCUAUUUAAAGACGGCAGCAGUGGUGGUGGAGAAAGCUUUGCUGAUGCUCUGCAACCAAACCCUAAUUCUAAGAUUCAAAGAUUAGAAGAUUCAUUUGAACUGUCUCUGGAGAAGUAUGGAAUCAAGGACCAGAAAGCCUCUGGGAAUGUGUUUCAAUUUGUCAAUGCUGAUGGAGUGGUUGAGGUGUCUAUUUUUCUCUUGGACAAUUAUGCAACCCCGCUGUUGGCUUGUGCUCUGAAUGAAGUUUUUGCUGCAAUAUUGGGAGAGGACCCAUCUAACAUCCCAACUCUUGUAGUUCCUUUCCUUGUGGAGGCUUCUAAGCUUAAAUUUGAGAAUAAGAACUCCAAGAUAACUGAUACUUCUCUUUAUGGCUGGAGAUUUGGCCCGGUAAAUGAUUCAACACAGGCUAUAGUCUCCAAGAUUCAAACGCCACCAGAAAUGCAGAUUAAUCAUGAGCAGUUGGCCUGCAUGCUGCAUCUUGUCCGUUUGUUGGAUGUCCCAACAUUUGUUCUAGUUGGAAAGUUUUCUCUACGGAGUCCUUCAAAUGAAAGUCUUCAGGUGAUUAAUGAAAUUGGAGACUAUGUAGCCAAAUUCUCGUCUCUUAGCUUUAUAAAAGAGAGGGUCAAAUGGAGUCCACCAAAGUCUUCAAAAAUCGACGAGGAGCCUUGGCGUGCUUUGUAUGGAUGA